CACGCACUUAAAGAUUAGGUCAAUCUUGUUUGUUAUAACAAAGCCUUGAUCGGUCGGGUUCUCUGGAUAUAUAUUUAGUCAUCUGCGAAGACAAAACACCCAGUGUGAACCCAGUGUGACACUCAUCGCUCAAAAUGAGGAUGAUCACCUUUUUCCUGGUUGGACUAACAGUCCAUGUGGUCUUCUUCGUCUCCAUCUUUGACAUUUACUUCACCUCUCCCCUGGUCCAUGGUAUGACACCCCAGGCCACGCCGCUGCCACCCCCUGCCUCCAGACUGGUGUUGCUGGUGGCUGAUGGACUCCGAGCAGACAGCUUCUUCACCCUUCUCCCCAAUGGCUCAUCCAGGGCCCCAUACUUGAGGAGCAUCAUAGAGGAAACGGGUACCUGGGGUGUGUCACACACACGAGUCCCCACUGAGUCUCGCCCUGGUCAUGUUGCUCUCAUCGCUGGCUUCUAUGAGGAUGUUAGCGCUGUUGCCAAAGGUUGGAAGGAGAAUCCUGUAGAAUUUGAUUCUGUGUUCAAUGAGAGCAGACACACCUGGUGCUGGGGAAGCCCUGACAUUCUGCCUAUGUUUGCCAAAGGUGCUACUGGAGACCAUGUGUACACCCAUACAUAUCCAGCUGUGGAGGAGGACUUUGCCUCUACAGAUGCAUCCAAGUUAGACAACUGGGUGUUCACUCAAGUCAAAUCAUUCUUUCUAGCAGCAAAGUCAAACUCCACUCUAAGGGCCAGUCUACUGGAGGAUAAGAAUGUUCUCUUCUUGCAUCUGCUGGGCAUCGACACAAAUGGACAUGCUCACAGGCCAAUGUCACAGGAGUACCAAGAGAAUAUUGGUCUAGUGGAUGCUGGUGUAUCUGAGCUGGUGUCUAUGGUAGAAGACUUCUUUGGCUAUGAUGGCAGAACAGCCUAUGUGUUUACCUCUGAUCACGGCAUGACCGAUUGGGGUUCCCAUGGUGCAGGGCAUCCCUCUGAGACUCUCACACCUUUGGUGGUUUGGGGAGCCGGGGUUCAUAAUGCCCAGCGAGUUACUGAACCUCAACUGUACAAGGACGACUACUUACAAGAUUGGAAACUGGAGCACCUGCAAAGGGUUGAUGUCAAUCAGGCUGAUAUUGCUCCCCUCAUGGCAUCUCUCAUUGGUGUACCCAUUCCUGUCAACUCUGUUGGUGUGUUACCUCUUCUCUACCUCAACAACAGUAAGCAGUUCAAGGCAGAGAGCAUGUACUCUAAUGCUAUUCAAGUACUGGAGCAGUUCAAGGUGAAAAUGACCCAAAAAAGGGAGACAACCUUGUCUUUUCUCUUUACCCCAUACCAACUACUUACUGAGUCAAAACAAGCAGAAUUCAUUCACGAGGCCAGGAUACUGAUGCAACUGGAGAAGUAUGAAGAUGCUAUUUCUCUGUGCCAGUCUCUGAUCACCAAUUCUCUGGAUGGACUGGUUUACUACCACACCUACGACAGGUUUUUCUUGGGCUGCAGUGUAGUGCUGGGAUUUGUAGGUUGGACCUCCUAUGUUGUCCUAAUCAUACUCAAGACUCAUGCGAGCCUCAACAGACGUCCCAGUCUCCUCCAACAGAUCCCCGGCCGUACUCUGAUGAGGCUGUGUAUGUGUGUCACCAUGGUGAUCACUGUAUUCCUGCUUAUCCAAAGGAGUCCCAUCACCUACUAUAUUUACUGCCUGCUACCUGUGCCUGUGUGGUACUUUGUUCUUAAAGAAUCUGGAACUCUAACAGAUUUGAUUCGCUCCGCUCCCUCUUUGCCGCUGUGGAAAUGUUUUGGCUAUUUUGUGCUGGUGGCGUUUGGGAUUGAACUACUGGUGGUGAGUUUCUUCCAUCGCGCCAUGCUGACUGUGGGUCUGGUGGUCCUCUCUCUCUGGCCCAUGCUGUCUGGACUUUUUGGCAAGGCCAAGUUCCGCUCAUUGAGCUGGUUUCUGAGCUGUCUGUGUUUGGCUGCUUUCCCUCUGAUGCCGGUUGUGGGAAGAGAGCCUAACAUACAUCUGGUGACCUGUGCAGGAGUCCUCACUCUCUUCACUGCAGCCUGUUACCUCUGGUCGUCACACCACAGGACACCACUACAGCCUAGUGACAGACAACAAUUCGUCACCCAGAUGCUACAUGUGGCAGUGUGUGCGUAUGUGCCAUCCCUCACACACUCCAGCCUGCAGCAGAAACAGGGCCUGCCACUUCUUAAUCAGAUCAUCAGCUGGAUCACAUUAGCAUCUUCUAUGCUGGUUCCGUUGUUGAGCUCUACACGUCUUUUCCAUCGACUCCUCAGCAUAUUUCUGUCUCUCACUGCCACGUACCUACUGCUCAGCACAGGGUCAGAGGCCUUGUUCCCCCCUGUGUUAUCUUGGUUGAUGUUUGUGUGGAUCAACAUUGAACAGGAAGCUAUGAUUGCUCAGGGUGUCUCUGGAAGGCAAGAGCUCUCCACUAUUGAUUUCUCCGCAAACAUUGACAUCACCAAGAUCCGACAGCUGAAGUUGGAUGACAUCAGAAGAUCGUACUUUUUUGUAUUUUUUAUAAUAACAGCUUUCUUUGGCACAGGGAACAUAGCUUCCAUUAACAGUUUUGACCCAUCAUCUGUUUAUUGUUUCCUUACUGUCUUCAACCCCUUCAUCAUGGGAGGGUUGAUGAUGUGGAAGGUUAUUAUCCCAUUCAUAAUAGUAAUGUGCACAUUUGAGACCAUCCAAGUUGCAACACAGCUCUCAUCAAGAAGUUUGUUCCUCAUUGUCUUGGUCAUCUCUGAUCUAAUGGCUCUGCACUUCUUUUUCCUGGUGCAGGACUACGGCAGCUGGUUGGACAUAGGCACAAGCAUUAGCCACUAUGUGAUCGUGAUGUCAAUGACGAUUUUCCUCAUGUUACUCAGUGUGGUCACACACAUCCUCACCUCACGAAGAUUCACUCUGUGGAGGAAAUCAAAGAUGCACUUUCCCUAAAUAAACACUUGCGCACACACUUUUUUUUAAACAUUAUUUUUGGGCGUUUUUUGCCUUUAUUAUUUUUAGACAGUCAGUGGCAUACAGGCCGACAGGAAAGAAGGGGAGAGAGAGAGAUGGGCAUGACAUGCAGAAACUGCUGGACUCGAACCAGGGACAUUGCACGUAUGUGUCAUGCGCUGUAACCACUCAGCUAUGAGGCACUCCACACAUUUGCUUGUUAAACCAAAUGUUUAGUAUUUAUUUUACAGGUUUGGGUACUUUUCAUUUAGAAUAUGCCUUAUUAAACCUGAGUUUGUUAUUUAAACUUUGAAGUAUUGUUUUAGGAUCCAUUAUAGCACUUUGCAAAAGUCUUACACUACUUGGCUGAAGUUAUAAUUAAGUAUAGUACAGUUAAUAGAUAAAGUAAAUAUUAAGCAGAUAAGGAGCUGCUGGAUUCGAUUGCAUUAGCAGAGCAGGUGGCUUGCAUCAUUAAUUAGAUGCUGAAAGUCCUCUUCUCAGAACAGCUUGAAACAUUUACUGUGAAAGUGAAAUCAUAGUCGACUACAGAGAAUUACUUCUUAGUUUAAAAUACUGGCCUCUUCUUCUUAACAGUUGUUUUUUCUGUUAACCUUAGUGCUACAAUGUAGAGGAACGAAGACUUCCUUUGCUAUUUACAUGAAUGGUUUUAAUGAUAAAGACUUUUGCACAGUACUAUUUGCACUGUAUUGUUUUGUACAAGAAAAAUGAGACUGUUUGAGGCACAUUGUUUAAAUAAUAAUGUGCAUUAAUAAUUGAUCAAUUGACUAAUGCUACUUUAAUGUUUAACUGUGAAUUAUGCCUUAGCCAAGUUUGCUGAUUCACGAUCCACCAAAGAAGGGUAACUUGAUAACUUUUUAAAUAGCUGCCUAAAAUGUAUCUUUGUUUAGAAGGAGAAGAGAUUUUAUCAAAUUUUUUGUGACUAGGUGUGUACCACUAAAACAGAAAGACUGGAAUGGAAACAGGAAUGUUUGUGUUUUGUACUUGUGCUGAAUUAAAACAGGUGUAGGUGUUGUUACUGUGUUUGUACAUCAGGGUAACUGUAGCCAUGGGUUGGAUUUAGAAAAACAAAAACCUGCCGAUUAGUGUGUUUUCUUUGAACAGAGAAUAAAAAACAAA